GUCGGCUUAGUUAGUUGUCUUCGGAUGGCGUAGCAGAACGGUAGCGUGACUAGUCCGCGAAAUACCUUUGCUACCGUUUGGCGUGUGAACGAAUUCGCCGGUCAUUAUCCGUCGUCAGUCGGCCGCUGUCAGCCUUCGCUCACACAGUUUAACUUACACGUAUCGGUAGUACACCCCCGCACUUCGAUCCUCACCAAACAAGUGUGGCAACGGAAAAACGGAAAACGAAACGGCUGAGCAAAAGUGAAAACGUGACUUCCGCUGCUGGAAAGUUUUGGUGAAAACGUGGGAAAAACCCGGUUAACCCCGGUAAGGAUCGUUUCAAUGAGUGCUUUAGAGUAUGGAAAGAGUCGUAAUGAAAAUCAACACCCUUUAUAAUUGGCUGUAAGACGACUGCCGUUGGUUGAUGAUGUACCUACUUAGUACAGUAUAGUGAGUGACCUUGUGCUCAAAAGCACCCAGCGGAUGUGCGAAAUGAGACACGCGGCUUAAGAUUAAUUGGAAUGUCAGAAAGGCAGUCAUAAGAGCGCAGAUUUGCUGCCGGUCACGAAAUCCAAACCCGCGCGGCUUCUCGGUGCAAAAUAUCGGUCAAACAUGUGAUACAAAGAACGCGCUAAAUUGGGGCAGAAUCACCAGCAGUGUCAUCGUCGUCUUACAGAGUGUGGUGGCGAGCCGUGUUGAAUAAAAACAUAACACAGAAAUAUAUACAUCUAACUACAUAACAACAAACCUAACACUGAUUCGUUGAAAGAAGAGUAAGUAAUCCGGAGAAGUUGGUUGAAAUAGCAUAGAGGCACAAAACAACGCCGUCGUCGACACUUGAAUACCGAAUUGGUGACAAUUCUUCAGAAAGGACAUUCGACUCGGAAACAUUAACGCUGGACUGACUGGAGCUGCUGCCCUACAUUGCCCUUACCCGCGGGAGGCAGGGUUUGAAACCGGUGCCGGUGGGUAGGUUUGUGUAAUCGUAAAAAGAAAUCAGAAAAUCAAAACAUAACAGCCGUUGCUGCUGGAGAAAAUCGACCACCCUCAGCAACUCCACUCAUUCAUAUCGAGGACUUUGGAAAAAGGGGUCACUCACCAGGCUCACCUUCACACCGGUCACCGGACUCACCGGGCACAAAAGCUCGAGCACCGAGAUUGCACAAGAAGUUUUGUUUUGGGUAAAAGUAGCACUUCUCUUGGUGGGCGGAGGGCGGAAAAAGGUCGACCUUUGCAGCUGCCCGCUCACAAUAGUUGUCGGUAACAUAGUUAACUCCGGCUCACCGAUAUAGUUUUCAGAAUGGAGACGAUUACGAGAGAAAAUAUACAAAUAAGAAGUGAUAAUAGAAUAGUGGUGUUGGAGGAUGAAGGGGGUGUGAUUGGUAGAGUGGCGGCGCGUCCGGGGGAAGUAGACUCAACAGCAGCAGCCGGACUAACACAAUCAAAUGUGUCGAUUGUGGAUUGCUGCGAGGUGCGAGACGAAAAGUCCCAAAACGACAAAUCAGUUCAGUCUCAGUCUCAGCCAUCGAAGCAGCCAGCAACGGCUUUGGGACUUCGCGCGUGGUUCCGCAAGUCUAACACUUGUGGCAGUUUGUACGCAAAGUGCAAUUGCAAACAUCACGGAUUGUCCUCGUCGGGAUCGCACUCGGUAGAAUCGCCAGAAGGUGUCAAUAAAACGAUCGUUGGAAGUGAGCACAAUCGAAGUAGGCCGAUAUCGACAUCGGAGAAAGAUUUCCGUAAAAUUAAGCUUUUGGAGGCUUUCACGCAUCCCGAUACGCCUACUGUUUUUACGCAAGAGAACAAGUACGCAAGCAAUCUGAGCGAGUCUCCAAGCCGAUCUCAAAUAACGUCCGUGCAGACAGGAGGCUUCGAAAUAUUGCACUCAACACAUUCCAAGAGGCUCUCAACGCCAAGUUUUGGUUCACACUACAAACCCUUUCAUCCUGAGUUCGUUGUGAAGAAACUUGGACCCAAGUCCGCACUCUCAAAUGAAGAAAAAACUCCCUCUAUCUCGAUUCCUUCACCACGAAGAAGUACUCUGAAGAAAAGUCACAAAAGUUUUCCCGGACUAUCUCCCUCGGAUAGCAGUGCGGAAUUCGUGUCGCACUCACUGAAGCACAACUUUUCCGCUUCUUCCAGUGUAGACGAAUCGCAAGAAGAUUGUCCUGAUGAGCUUUGUGAUCGCCAAACAAGUGGAAGUGAAGAUCUCAGCAGCUCCCACGAAUCCUACAUAUCCUUCACGGCCGGCCGAAAUCCGCUCUUUAACAACGGAAAUAUCCGGCAGCUUUCCCUCAAAUACGCAGGUAUCACUGGUACCAAUAUCCUAGCCCCGAAAAUAUCCCCGAACCCGGAAAAAACUCCCACAAAAGAAGAACAACCCCCGGUGUGCGAAAAUCACGUUCUGCUAGUGAACCCAAUUCAAGCCGAUCCAUCGAUCGUUUCUAGUGAAUCGAUCCCAUCGGCACUCCCCAAUAAUCAGUGCUUUAGUGAUAGUGCCUGUGAAAGUGACCAGAGUUUGGAUGAAUCUGGACCAAACAGCAGCAGCAGCAACAACAACAGCGAUAACGGCAACAGUGUUACAAACUUUCAAGUACCUUCGGUCAAAUCCGCUGCCAGCACCCCAACCAAGGAACCUCCAGCAACCAAGCUCAAUCCCUCGGCUCAGGAAUUUUUCAUCCAAUCGGGCAUCCUCGGACCAAUGGGCAAUGGAUCGUCGGUACUCAAUCGCAAAACUUCCAAGAUCGUGCCCAAUGUGGAUGCGCCAGUCAAAGAAAAGAUCCGCAAAAACUCCAAGCUGCUGUUUGGCAAGCGGACGGUGCUGAGCGAUGGCCGCCGGAAGUCCAUCCCCCAGUCGGGAUUCAACUGUGAUAGCUUCCAAUCGUACGGAAGCACCCCAACGCUCAACAGCCAGACCAAUAAUGGCCCGAAAGGCGCCGUCGCCAAAGCUGAGGACGAAAUCCACGGGUUGCGGCAGCUGCUCAAAAUUCGCGACGAAGAAAUCAACCGACUCAAGCGGGAGAUCGACAAACUCAAGAGUGUUCUCCAGCAAACGGCCACAACCAGUCUGGAUCGGCAGCAGCAGUUGGAAAACAGCACGGCGUCCUCCCAUCAGAAUGAGCAGCAGAGCUCCUGCAAAAGUUCGACCGAGGGUGACCUGCUGUCCAGCAUUCAGGCCAACUACGUCAUGGCCGGUCAGCAGCUGCCGAUGUCCGAGUUGUAUGGAGUUCCCGGCAAGGGAUUCAACCUUAAACAAAACGGUGGCGGUGCAGGAGGAAUCAUUCACAACGGGACCGGCAACGGAAAUGCCGGACAGUACCAGAUCAACAACAACAGGACCUCGGUGUUGCUGGCCAUGAAGAGGCACGGCGUUUCCGGCGAAAGCUGUGAGGUCAUGGGCAGCGCUUCCGAUAUUAAGAUACCGAAAUACGACAAAGAUUACAGCGCCAAACAAUUGAUCAAAGACGCCAUUCUGGACAACGACUUCUUCAAAAACAUAGACUCGCUGCAGAUAAGAGAAAUCGUCGAUUCGAUGUACAGCCGAGAGUUCCAGUCGGGCGAGUACGUCAUUCACGAGGGCCAGGCCGGGUCGCACCUGUACGUGUCCGCAACCGGCGAGUUCGAGGUGCUGAAGGAGGGCAAAAAUCUGGGCACCAUGGGACCGGGGAAAGCUUUCGGGGAACUGGCCAUUCUGUACAAUUGCACCCGCACCGCUUCCAUUCGAGCUUUCACAAACGCUCGAGUGUGGGUCCUGGACCGCAAAGUCUUCCAGCAGAUAAUGAUGCGAACGGGAAUGCAACGGAUAGAAGAGAACGUAAGCUUCCUCCGGUCGGUGCCGCUGCUCAAGAAUCUGAGUAAUGACGUACUCACCAAGAUUGCAGACGUGCUUGAAGUGGAAUUCUACCCGGCAGGAACGUACAUCAUACGUCAGGGAGCAGCUGGAGACACUUUCUUCCUAAUCAGCCAGGGCACGGUAAAGGUCACGCAGCGACUGCCAGGAUGCUCCACCGAGGAAGAGAUCCGAAUCCUGGGCCGGGGGGAGUACUUUGGCGAGAAGGCACUCAUCAAGGAGGAAAAACGGACGGCCAACAUCAUCGCGAUGUCCCCGGGGGUCGAGUGUCUCACCCUGGACCGGGAAUCAUUCACCAAACACAUCGGGGAUCUGUGCGAGCUGCACGAGAAGGACUACGGCGACGAGCAGCGGGUACUGGCCAGCCGGAACCUGGAGAACCAAACUAUGUCGUUGGAUUCGGUUAAUCCUGAACUCAUGGAUGUGGAAAUGAGUGAUUUGGUCAAGGUGGGAACCCUCGGUGUUGGAGGCUUCGGAAGGGUGGAGCUAGUCAAGUUGGAGCGGGGCUCGGUGGUGCAAGUUUAUGCACUCAAAUGUAUGAAAAAGAAGCACAUCGUCGAUACCAGGCAGCAGGAGCACGUGCACAGUGAGCGAAAGAUUAUGAUUUCCUGUCUCAGCCCGUUCAUCUGUCGGCUUUAUCGAACCUUCCGGGAUGAUCGGUACAUUUACAUGCUGCUGGAGGCCUGCAUGGGCGGGGAGGUGUGGACGAUUCUGCGAGAUAAAUCAAACUUUGACGAUGGAACUGCCCGAUUCAUUGUAGGAUGCGUGUUGAAAGCCUUCGAGUUUCUGCACUCGCGUGGCAUCGUGUAUCGUGAUUUGAAGCCCGAAAAUCUACUGCUCGAUUCAAAAGGAUACGUAAAAUUGGUCGAUUUUGGGUUCGCCAAGUUCAUCGGCUACAGCAACAAAACGUGGACCUUCUGCGGAACUCCGGAGUACGUGGCACCGGAAAUAGUAUUGAACAAGGGUCACGAUCGGGCCGUGGAUUGCUGGGCUCUGGGCGUCCUGAUUCACGAGUUGCUCACUGGAAUACCUCCUUUUGCAUCUUCUGAUCCUAUGAAAACAUAUAACAUCAUCUUGAAGGGUAUCGAUAUGGUGAAUUUCCCCAAAUAUAUGUCCCGGUCGGCGAUAAGUCUGAUCAAACGACUGUGUCGGGAUAUCCCCUCGGAGCGGCUCGGAUACCAGAGGGGAGGCGUUCAGGACAUCAAGAAGCACAAAUGGUUCCAGGGAUUCGACUGGGAAGGUCUGUCCAAUCUAACGCUCAAAUCUCCGUUGGCACCUCGGCUCAAAGGACCGCUAGAUAUGUCCAACUUCGAUGCCUUCCCUCCGGAAGCGAGCACCCCGCCAAUCGAAACUUCCGGAUGGGACGCGGGAUUCUGAGUGCGGCUGGUAAUCUUCUACUGCAGACGGGAAUUGGUGAAUGGUGAUAUGCAUGUAAAUAGUACGGAGUGACAGCAAGAAAAGAAAGAAAGCCGAAUGCAAAAGCAAUAGCAUGUAGCCCUGGAGGUGUGGUUUUUUUUAAUUUUUGAAAAGGGGUAUGCAACUGACGAGCUUUAUUUGUACAAAGUGAAAUAUUCUAGCUAAUAGAACGCACUAAAAAAAAUCGACGUAAACAGUUUGAUUCUGCCCAAGGCCUUAGAUUUCCUAGAAAAAUGUUUUUUUAUCUCAAUUUGUUAUGUUUGGUAGGUUUAUCUGUAUCAACAAGAAUGGUAAGCUAGUGUUG